CCCAUCACCUACUUCAACAUUAUCUCAGAAAACUCAAGCCUUAAGGUGGAAGGUGCCAUAACCAGAAAUGAAAGCAAGGCUACUCUUCGGUUGUGCAAUGAAGUGGUGCUGAUUUUUUGGCCCCAAAUGUUAUCAUUCAGGUCCAAGAAAUCGAAGAAGAGGACGAUAAUUGUCGGUCUGAAAUCAGAUAAUUCAAGCAGAGAAAUGCUUCUGAGAUUGCUCAUUGCUGUUGUAAAACACAGGGACAGUGUGAUUGCUGUUCAUGUUCAAGAGAACGAUGAUUCUUUUGAUCCCAACACUUUCCACAUCCACGAAGAUUUCUGCAAGUCCAAGCAGGUGGAUUUCCAACUAAAAGUGUGCAUUGCAGAUUCUUACAUUUCUGAAUUAACCUACCAAGUCAGGAUCGGCUUUGCAUCAAUCCUUGUAAUUGGUUGCAGCCUCUCAGGGCCAAGUUUUUCAGCUAUCCAUACUUGCUUGAAAGGGUUACCUCCAUCAUGCACACUACUGGUGAUGAAUACCGUGGGAAGAGUCCUAAUGGAGGGGCAGGGGACUUGCCAACAAGGCUCUGUAAGGGCAGCAGCCCUACAAUCUUCUCACUCAUUUUCCUCAAUCUACACUUGCCAUGACCAAUCAAAUACCACCCGGCAGUUGCAAAAGUCCUUAACAACUCCGCCUUCCUCUACAGCGUCGUUGAUGCGGCCAACGACUACUAGAAGAGCACUCUCUGCCGUAAAUAAAAUGGUGGAGGUCGCUGAUUUGGCGUCCGAGAAACUGUUUCAAAGAUUGGAAGUACUACAAGCAGAAGGUUCAAGCAGGCAUUUCAUGCCGAAAGAGCUUCGUGAUGCAACUAACAAUUUCAGCCCAGCCACAGUGAUUGGAGAGGGUGGACAUAGCAAGGUGUACUGCGCCAAACUUGGAAAUGGUGAAGCUGCAGCUGUGAAAGUCCUCCAAACCACACGGUGCUCAACAGCCGAUUUUUUUCGAGAAGUAGACUUGCUAUCUGGUAUGAAGCAUGACAACAUUGUGCAGAUAAUCGGGUUCUGUCGUAGUGGGGAGAUGCAAGCAAUUGUAUACAAACUUUUGAUGGGAAGCUUGAGGCAGAAUUUAAGAGAGCUAAAGUGGAGUGAGAGGAUGAAAGUUGCAAUCGGUGUGGCAAAGGCGUUGGACUACCUUCAUGAUUCUCACAGUCCUCCCAUCAUCCAUAGGGAUGUGAAGUCAUCUAACAUUCUCCUCUCCCACAAUUGCGAACCGAUAUUAUCAGAUUUUGGAGCAGCAAUGUUACUUCAAACUCAUCAAUCUCAAGCAAACACAAAGGCGCCGUUCCAUGUUGUUGGGACGUUUGGAUACUUAGCCCCGGAGUACAUGAUGUACGGAAAGGUUGAUGAAAAGAUAGAUGUGUACUCAUAUGGAGUUGUGCUCCUAGAACUUAUCACUGGGAAAGAAGCGAUUCAAACUCACCAGGAGAUUCGCGAGAGCUUAGUAUUAUGGGCAAGGUCCUUACUGAGCUGUGGCAUAUGCGAACGUCUGAUCGAUCCUCACUUGAUCGAAGACUACAACAAGGAAGAGAUGGAAAUAAUGAUGAUAGCGGCACGCCUCUGCCUUAUGCACUCAUCUUCUAGAAGGCCAACCAUGAAAACGAUACUGAAGUUACUUGAGAAGCCAGAUAACUGGUUAAGGAUGCAGAGAGAAAGAGACGAGUUUCUAAACGUAACUGAAAGAGGCAAAACAGCCCUAUCUUGACAACCGAUCAGGUUGAUUUAACCGUGCAGUCAGCAGCUUGAGGGGAUGGCAUCCUGCUAUUAAAAAUCCGUGUAUACGAAAUAUAUAUCAAUAUUUUAUUUUAUUUUAUUUUAUGCAGGAUGACCAACAAGAAAAUUGAUUCCAAAUGGAUUUUCCUGCUGGUCACCUAGUAUCAGAAACAAUAAUUGGCUAUUAUUUGAAACAAUAACUUGGACGUGCAUGCAAGGAUUUUCACAAGCUUCUGCAAAAUAAAGCUUCUUAGAUUUAUGUUAUCACUGAAGCUUUUGUAAAUUAAGAUCUGUUCACAUAACUUA